AUGACUCCAUAUCACACAACGCACGUAAAAGCACUGGCUUCGACAAGUGAUGAAGAAGCUGGUGCUCGUGAUGACACGGUAUUAUUAUCAAGCAAACGCAGUAAGCGAAGAAAUUGGAUGGAAGUGGCGGUCGAAUGGUCGAUCGAUAAGGAGAAAGAAGUGGAGGAGGGAGUAGUAGUAGGGGUAGAAAUAGACGAGAAUUCAGUAGCCGGGAGGCGCCAUUGCCUCUUGUAUCCUCACGUUCCUCGCAAUUUCUCUCUCUCCCGCUGUCUAUCUUCUUGUUCACCUCGAACUCAUACUUGUGGAGAACUCGGGUUAACUCAUGUAGGAUCACGUGUUGUUCUCAAUGGAUGGAUUCAAGCUGUCAGGAAACUAUCCCCAGAAUUAGUAUUUGUUCCGAUUCGUGAUUCAUAUGGUACCACUCAAUUAAUAUACAGAAAUGGAACGAACGACUCGUCCAUUUCAUUGAAGAAAACUAUUGAUACAUUGUCGAAUGAGAGUGUGGUCUGUGUUGAGGGCAUGGUUGUCGCCAGAUCCGAUGACAUGGUUGAUAAGCAAACAUCGACAGGAGAGAUUGAAGUUGAGAUGGAGAAAUUAUGUGUAUUAAACGAAGCCAAGAACUUGCCGUUUUAUCCCUCAGAAAAGAAAUUGCUUAAAGAGGAUAUCCGUUUACGUAAUAGACACAUUGAUCUUCGGCAGCCUGUUCUACAACAGAACCUACGAAAAAGAUCACACGCUGGGUGGAUUAUUCGAGAUUUUUUAAUUCAAAAGGGUUUUACGGAGGUUGAGACACCAAUUCUUUUUAAGCACACAUCAGAAGGCGCUCGAGAGUUCAUUGUACCCACACAGAACGUUGGGAUGUUCUAUGCUCUAACACAAAGUCCUCAACAGUACAAACAGCUGUUAAUGGCGUCUGGAAUAGAUAGGUACUUCCAGAUAGCAAAAUGUUUCCGAGAUGAAGGUUUACGUGCCGACAGACAGCCCGAAUUUACCCAAAUAGAUCUAGAACUUUCAUUUGCCUCGGCGAACGAUAUCAAAAAACUAGUCGAAGAAUUGAUUGGCAGAAUUUGGAAACAGCUUCUUCAUGCUGAUGUGGAUAUAUCAGAAGGAUUCAAGACGAUUUCAUACAAAGAUGCCAUGACUCGGUACGGCACCGAUAAACCAGAUACAAGAUACGGGAUGAAGAUCUCGGAUAUUACAUCCUACUUCCCAGACGCUCCGUGGAACUCUUCCAACACUAUUGAAUGCCUUGUAAUAAAACGUGGUAGUUCUUUCACUGGGGGUGAAAUCAAGUCGCUUCAAGCUGUUGCUGAAUCCCAAUCUGAUGCGGGCAAGAAUGAAAAUAAUAUGGUCAGUAUCAAGGAACAACAAACCAAUUACCUGGAUUUCAUCAAGGUCAAUUCAGAUAAUAUCACGUCAUGGAUGGCAAAAACAUACGUUGGCAAGAAAAUAUCAAAUGCCGAAGAGAUUGCGAGAAGAAUGUUGGGCGAUGAGGAUAUUGAAGCUGGAGAUUUAAUUGUCUUGGGGAUGAGAGAUAGAUUUAUCUCGGGAGGAUGGACACCGAUGGGACGUGUGCGUUCACACGCAAGCUCUCUUUUGCAAAAGAAAGGUCUCCUGUCGAUACCUCAAUCUCAAUAUGACUUCCUCUGGGUUGACUCGUUUCCCCUCUUUACCCGCGAGAAAGAGUCCAACGCUCUCAGAUCUACCCAUCAUCCGUUCACAGCUCCAUGCCCUAAAGACUUGGAACUGUUAAAUUCUGAUCCUGAAAAGGUCCAUGGUCAACAUUAUGAUUUGGUGAUAAACGGCGUUGAAGUUGGAGGUGGAUCAAUUCGAAUACAUUCGCCAGAAUUGCAAACGAUGGUCUUGGAGAAGAUAUUAAACUUGAACGUUGAAGAGAGAAAUGCCUUCAAACACCUGAUAGACGCUCUUGGACAUGGAUGCCCACCACAUGGAGGUAUCGCGCUAGGUUUUGACAGGCUGAUGGCCAUAAUAUGCGGUUCCAGUUCAAUACGGGAUGUAAUAGCUUUUCCCAAGUCUUCAUCCGGCAGCGAUCUUCUUGUUUCUAGUCCGUCCACGAUUUCCAAGUCGUAUCUUGCAGAAUACGGACUUGGACUAGCAAGUGAUGACAAUUAG